AUGCGCUAUGUGGCCCAGCUUUCGUGGUACAGCGACACGGGAGGCUGGGAUCCUGUCGAAGACCCUCCACCACCACCAACAACAAUAACAACAAAACCAACAAAUGGAAGAAGGCGAACACCUAAGGUAGUUGGUGGGCUGACCGACUUCCUACGGAUCACCAUGCCAGACACUGACAUAUCCACAUGGGAGACGCGGCUGGAAGUGGUCGAGAGCGAUACUCAAGUGUCUGUGAACACGUGGGUCAGACGGCUCAUGGAGCGGAGCCAACAAGGGGAGGAAACGGACGAGCAAGACGAGGUCGUGGGGCAACAGCGGCUAGAGCAGGGCCUCUUGGAGGCACAAAUCGAGGUGGAAUAG